UUAUUUUUUCCUUAACUAUAUUUAUUUACAAAUAUCCGAAAUGUGGUCUAUUUUUGAGCAAUCACAAAUUGAGGAUGAAACCAUUUCCAAUGCGUUUUCAUCUCGUGGUCUGUUUAAGAUACAAAGUACCGAGGAGGUAAAAGAAUACCCAGAAGUAAUUGCCUCAUUGCAAAAUAAAAAGGUCGUCAUCUCCGUGGAUAGAAGCUUAAUACUGCUCGAAGACGAAUUGGUUGCCAAAUGUAGUUUUCUUUGUUUCGAUGCUCACAUUGAUGCAGUAGCAAUAUCCAAAACUGGAUAUUUAAUUGUGGUCGGUUUGCAGAAUGGGGAGAUACAUGGAAUAUUUGCGAAAGGUUUGCUGCUAUUUAAUUUAACCGUAACCUCAGAGGACGUACAUUUAACGGGACACACUUUCGCUGGUAUACAACAACUGAACGGCAAGUUUUACAUAAGUUGUACUAAUGGAAGUGUUUAUCAGCUCAGUGAGAUCGACGAAUCCCCAUUAGAAGCAAACCCAAAUAUUACUUUGACAGAAAAUGACACGAUUACUUUUAAUCAGAGCAUUUUUGAAGCAGUGACUAUAACAAGGAUCAUUAGCCAUGAGUCUGGCUUAAAAAAUUUAGAGACAACGCUCUUGGUAGCGCAAAGCAGUUUCGACACAGCUGUUGAACAACCUUUACUUUAUAUAGCAGGCACCCAUAAGGAAGUUUUCUGCAGACACAAUGGUAAUAUUUCCAAAAUUAGUUUGCCUGAAAGUUUUAGUGGUGUGAAACGUUUAUUCAAUUUAGAUAAUUAUAUUUUACUUUUAACGAACUCGGGUCAUUUAAUAGAGUUCUGUGCCAUUACAAAAAUGUUACACUUUCCUAAAAUGCAAAAUGAUAACGAACUGCUUAUCGAUGAACUUGUCAUUAUGGAAUGCAAUGAUGACAACAUUGAAUUGCUCGUGCUGGUCAAGUCGACAGAGGGAAGACAUGAACGCUGUAUUAAGUUUUUGGAGUAUCCAUCUUUUAAAUGCAACAAUGAGCUGGAAGUACCAGAACACGCAUGGCUUGUGCAACAGCCGAAAUCUUCCGCUAAUUUAUACUAUCUCAGUGGCAAGGAGGUAAAUGCAGAUAAUAUACCAAAAGAGAUUGAAAUGGUUUUGGUGUCAGAAACACACCCUAGUGAACGUUUUAGAAAACUUCUCUCAAAGGGGCUUUUAGAUGAAGCUGAGAGUUUCGGCAAGCAGUUUGAACUGUGUCUGCAACCGCUUUAUGAGGCAAAAGCAAAACGUAUACUACUGACGAUUACAACAAAAUUUCAAAGACCUGCUGGCCGUGCUAAAAAUAUUGAAAACAAAGAAUUUUUUAAAAACAAUCGCAUGAUUAAUAUGCCUUCGCGCCGAACUUUGGAGCGUUAUUUGUUGGAAAUUCUGAAACAUUUGGACGAAAAUGAUGAAAGGGAUUGGUUAGAAAUACACGAGCAGUUGCGGCGUUUGGAAACGCUCACAAUUCUGGAUCCCUAUGAGGUCAAUUCGGAAUGGUCGAAAUUCGUAUAUGAAGCAAAUCUCGCUAAAAUGAUCAUUGCCUUAUUUAAAACCGAUAUGCCAGCGGCAUGUUUGAUUUACAAACGACAUGUCAGCGCUAUGAAAUUUUUAAAGGAAUCGGAACUACGACAACUACUCAGUCUUAUACCGAAUCACACAGAACCAUUUCACGUGCUGCAAUGGCUGCGCCAAUUUGUGCCUACCGUCAGCAAUACACAUCCGAAAUUGACACCAUACAUUGCCGAAUGGUGUAUACAAAAGACGCGUACAUUACAAUAUGCGGACCAUUGGCCAGAGAUUGGUUUGGAAUUUGCCAGUAAAGUGGCGAAAAUAUUCGAAGAAAUUGAAUUCAUGCACUGCGACGUUCGGCGGCAACACGAGCACAAUAUUGUUAAAUUUCGCGACUUGGUGAAUGCAUUGGAGGAUUUGUCGGUGUUGAAGAAGCGCUAUAAUUUAAUGUUCACGCUGGAUAAUUAUUUAAAAGACUCGGUGGAUGAAGCAGCACUAUUUAUACUGCAACGCGUGCAUUUGGAUGAUUUGAAAAGCCUGGUUAAUGAUUUUCUCUAUCCCAUAUUUCAAGAGAAAGGAAAAACUCCUGUGGAGGCAAUACGUCAGUACAUCACGCUGUUGGUGGCCAAUCGUAAUUCGUUGAGCAGCUGGCUUGAGCGGUCGGUGGCCUGCAUUGAACUCCUACACAACGAGGAUGAUAGAAUGGAGUGCGCUUUACUUGUUUUGAAAAGCGCGCCCGUGCCAUGGCCGGAGGUUGUAAAUCCUCUUAUAAAAUUUCGCUAUUCUACACACCCAAUUGCUACUAAAAUAAAUAUUGAAUAUGAAUUUCAAGUUAUAAAAAUUAUGAAAGUAAAAUAUGGCUGGCCUGCGGACAGUGAUAUAGAGUCAAAUAUGGAGCUUUUUGUGCAACGUGUUAUUAAGAUGGAAUUCCCCGAAAUGUUGGAUGACAUACGUGUACUUACGCAGGCGUCACCGGAGAAUGCCACAUUUGCCAAUUUCAUGUGUUGUUAUCAAUUAGUGCGCAAAAAGAAACUUGAUCGCGCCUACGAAUUUUUCAAAUCACUAAGUGUUGAAAAACACAACAAAGCCUGCAUGGAAGUCAUUGAUAUUUUAGCGAGCAUGCUUGAGAACCCCACUGCGCCCAUAGAUGAUGAGGACGCAGAGAAGAAAAGGGAUUUAAUUGAAUUCUUUCAAUUGAUUGUGCCGCAUGCCGAUUGUCGCAGCUUUGAGAAGCGUCUGCGCGCCGUACAACAGCGUUUUGUACUCUGCCAGAAGUUUCGUCUACAAGUUGGCGCGAUCAGUGAAUUGGUGCCACUAACACAACGUUUGCAGCUUCUCGAUCGCGGCAUUGAGUGUAUAAUGGAUCGGAGUCAGGCGACGGUAAAUGUGCCGCGUUUCAUUGUUAGCGAAGUAGGUGAUUUAUGUGCAGCCCUACAACUGGAAAGAGUUUACGGUGUCUUACAUAUAAGUCGGCGUAUACACUGUCUGCCGCUCACUAGCGCUUUAGCUUAUGCCAUACUUCAACUGGUGGACUGUACGCCGCAGAAUAAGGAUGACUUUAUUGGUUUAGCAUUGGAGUUGCUAACACAGCAGAUCUUGGCAUUGCGUAAUUGUAAAACUGCUACCACGAGCAACUCUGUAGAAAAAGACACCGAUGUUCUCACAUUUCCAAUAGUCUAUGAAUUACUCGUCCAAGCCUCACUGCAAGAGCACUACAAGCUAUCUGAAUUGUCAGAAUUGUUAAAGUAUGUGCAACUAGCCGCCAUUAGCUAUCCCGUUGACGCCUUAACCAGUUUCUAUGUUGACAAAGAGAAAGAGGUCAACGAGAAUAUUUGCAAAGCAUUGGACGCUUCCGAAAUUGCACUAGCUGAUGCGACACUUAACUUUUCAUCAGCGCAAAUAAACGGUUCAUUUGAUGCCAAAACGGCAGCGCCAGCAAAAAGCCGUUACUCUGUAUCGGUUUUCGAUGAAAUCGAAGUACAACCUUGGCAACCACAUAAAAAAAGUGAUAACAUUGAGCAGACCUCGAUAAUGAAAUUUGUGGCACGUAGCAUCUUACUGCUCUUAGCCGAAACUGUGCCCACUAACAGUUUGCUAGCGCAAUUACGCACAAUGCUAAGCGAUGACAUUGAAAAGGAUGAGGCAAUGGAUGAUUUCUUCUCGUCGCUCGAGCAAUUGAUCAAAGCGAAAAUGCACGAUGUUUGGUAUAUAAUAGUGCAAUUCAUUUUGGAAUAUCAAAAGCGGCACAAAUGCAACAUAAUCGGUAAAGAUUUCGUAUCCUUGCAUUUGUCGCGAGUUUUUCGAAAUAUCAUGUUGAAUAAGGACGUCAAUUUUAUAGAUCUUUUCGUCAUGCUCAUCGCGGAUGAGAAUAAAGAAUCUUUACUCAAUAUGCUGAGCAAAGAUUUGAAAACCGACCAGCAACGUUUAAAUCUGCUCACACUUUCGGAAAUGUACCAUGUGCACCUCGAAGGCCACAAUCAAGUGGAGUCAAUACGUAUUAAGCGUUUAAAGCAAUACUACUACAUGGAAUUCAUCAAACAAGACCCCAGCAUAAAAGGUCAAUUCAACCUCGAAACCGAUAAUAUACAACAAUUAUUGAAAUUGUUUUACAAUAAGAAGUUGGAUGUGAGGUGGUUGGAGCGUAUAAGUCGUGAUUUCAAUUUAGAUUAUCAAGAAUUGCUUAUAACACAGGUACUAAGCAUUUUGUCUGGUCAGGAGUUUAAAUAUGACGUAAAGACUGACGCCUUCGGUGAGGAGGAGCUGAUUGUAUUAAGUACUGUUAACGACAUACGCAAUUUAUGUCAAUCAUAUUUGCAUGCGAUAAAAAAUACCGAUUUAAUAACGACGAAGUUGUUGCAAUUCAUAAAUGAGAUCAACAUUUAUUUUUACGAGCUUUAUUUGUAUGUUAUUGAAAUACUGUCAUUUUUGGAUAAAAUGCCCAAAGAAAUGGAAAUUUGGAAGCAAAUGUUACAAUUUCUCAAGCAUAAAAUGGUGAAGCGGCGCCGCAAUCGGCCUGGUCCAUACGAGACCGACAUGUGGCUGCAGUCACAAAGUGAAAUGGGUGUUAUGCCGAAAAUUGCACGUUUUCGCUUGCCAUUCAAGCCGAUCAUUGAGCAACCACUAAAAGAUAUCUUGGACAACGAAUUGAGUGUAGAAAAUUGUGAAAGCUGGUUUCCGCUCAUGCAAAUGCACACAAUGCUCAAAGGAUCAAGUGAUGUGGCCAAAAUUCGCGAUUACUUCUGCAUGUCGGCGGUGAAAAACUCAAUUGGCGAGUAUAAAGCUAAAAAUGAGUCCGAAAUAUGGCAUUUGCAGCCUACAAAUAAUGCAUUUCUGCAAUCGAUACUCCGACUCGUUAAGCAUGUCACCAAUCCAUCCAAAACAUUUAUGAUACUCUAUUUUGUUGCGAACUAUGCACCAGAUGGCGCGGAUCAAGUAGAAGCUUCGUAUGAAUGCUACAAGUAUGCGAUGGAGCAUAGCGAAUUUAUAACCAAUGAAAAUUAUCAAGAUCGACUGAUGAAAAUCAAGCGAAAAUAUCCCAUACUUAAGACACAGCAUUUACUUUAUAUUUACGGUCUUACGGAAGAGAAACUACUGCGUCUAGUUGAGAAUCCAACAGAACUUAUUUAUAAUCUUUAUCACCAUGAGCUGAUAUUGAAAACGAGCAAGUUGGAUAUUAAUCAAGUGGCGAAGGAAAUAGCUGAAUUGCAUAAUUUAGAUUUGGCGGCGAUGCAGUUACAAUUGCUGCAGAAGUGGUUAUCUUUCACAGGACGCUCGAGUACUGAAAAUGUAUUGGAAGAAACAUUGUUCGAAGAACAGGGUACAGACGAUGUUAACGAUGCGAAUGCGUGCAAUGCAGCGGAAAAUGUGAUAAGAUCAAAUUACAUACUCAACAGUUGGCCGCAGAAGGAGGCCGUGGACUUCUUUGUAGCGCACAUUUUCCCGGAUGAUGGCGGUGUAAGCACCAGCAAACAGUUGCAAAUGUACGAAUGUUUCUCGAAAUUAAACGAUGGCAGUGAAUCCUUCAAAAACGUACUUAGCCAGAAGCAAUAUAUUACCAUUAAGUGUGUGCAUGAGUUAAGGCAGUUAGGUUAUAAUUUAAGUUUGGAAAAAUUUACAAAUUGCAAUAAAGUCGAUCUAUUAAAAACGAUUUGGAAACAAAAUGCUCAAAAUCCGCACACACUCGAAAUAUUAGCAAACAUUUGUUUGGGCUUUGAUAUAUCACACUCGAAAAUCUGGAACGGCAUAUUGAAACGUAUGGCCAUGUUCAAUAUGGUGCGUGAAUUGAAUGCUUUAUUGGAUAUAUUGUCGUGCGAAAAUAAAAUCCUAGACAUAGAGGGCUUAAUAGUUGCAUGGGAAUGCGUGCUGUGGCAACCAUUCAAAACUGCCAACCAAACACGUUCAAUUGCACAGGAGGAAGUAUUGCAAAAGGCUCUCUUCCGCUUACAGGGCUGUCCAAUUGUACACAAGUUGAAUUUGGUUGAAUUUGCAGAGCUAUGCAUUUGCUUGGAUCGUGCUCAUAUGGCAGCGGUGGCAUUGGCAUUGUGUCGGGAUGAGGCGAAACGUGAACAUAUCAAAAAGUUGAUAUUACCUAGAAGAAAUGAACAAAUGCGCAAAGAUAUUUUAGAAUUAGAAGAUGCGGGAAUGAUGUCUGUCAUUUUAAACUUUGCGCUAAGAGAGCUGGAACUUUAGAUUUAAUAAUUAUGUACAUACAGAUUAAAUAAAGAUUGUUAACCGCUUGAAACGAAUUAAAAAGAUCAAAAUUACACUCAGGA